AUGGAUAAUGAAAAAUUAAAAAGAUUUCAAGAAAGAUAUGAACUUGAAUUAAUAGGUGUUGAAGAUAAUAAUGAUGAAGAUAUUGAAUAUUAUAGAUUUAAAGAAUCUUUAGAAAAUGGUGGUGACGGUAUUUCAGCCAUUCAAAAUGGUGGUGAUGGUGAUGGUGAUGGUAAUCAAGAUAAAAGUGAUGCAGAUUUAGAGUAUGAGAGACAAGCUCAAAUUGCAUUACAACAACAACAAGAGAAACAAAGACUAAUGGAAUUAGAGAUUCAAAGAGAAUAUGAAAGAUUGGCAGCAGAAGGUCAAGCUGUUGAACAAGAUUUCGAUUAUGAAGCUGAAGAAAGAAAGAGACAAGAAGAAUCUAGAAAAAGAUUCCUAGAGAGACAAAAUAGAAAUAAACCUUCACCAAAAAAGAAAACACCUGAAGAAGAAGAAAAAGAAAGGAUAAAAUUAGAAAAACAAAAAGAAAGAGAUCAACAAAGAGAAUUAAUGAGACAAGCAAUGAGUGGUAGUAGUAAUUCAAAGAAAGAAACACCAUUAGAACAACAACAACAACAACAACAACAACAACAACAACAACAACAACAACAACAACAACAACAACAACAACAACAACAACAACAACAACAACAACAACAACAACAACAACAACAAACAAAACCAAAAUCACCAUCACCACCUCCACCACAACAACAAGCAGAAGAACCAAUUUCACAACCUACAUUAAAUGAUGAUGAAUAUGAAAGACAAGCUCAAAUUGCAUUACAACAACAACAAGAGAAACAAAGACAGAUGGAAUUGGAGAUUCAAAGAGAAUAUGAAAGAUUAGCAGCAGAAGGUCAAGGUGUUGAAGAAAAUAUCGAUUAUGAAGCUGAACAAAGAAAAAGAGAAGAAGAAUCUAGAAAGAGAUUCUUGGAAAGACAAAAUAAAUCAAAAGGUGCUGCAAAACAAAAAACACCUGAAGAUGAAGAAAAGGAGAGAAUUAAAUUAGAAAAACAAAAAGAAAGAGAUCAGCAAAGAGAAUUAAUGAAACAGGCAAUGAGUGGUAGUGGUACUCCAACGAAAGAAUCAAAACAAGAGGAAUCAAAACCAUCACAAAACGAUCAACCAAUUUCAAAACCAAAAUCACCAUCACCAAUUCCGCCACCACAACAACAACAACAACCACCACCAGAAGAACCAAUUUCACAAGCACCACCAACAGAUGAUGAAUAUGAAAGACAGGUUCAAAUUGCAUUACAAAAACAACAAGAAAAACAAAAACAGAUGGAAUUAGAGAUUCAAAGAGAAUAUGAAAGAUUAGCAGCAGAAGGUCAAGGUUUUGAAGAGAUCGAUUAUGAAGCAGAGGAAAAGAAAAGACAAGAAGAAUCUAGAAAGAGAAUGUUGGAAAGACAAAAUAAAUCAAAAGGUGCUGCAAAACAAAAAACACCUGAAGAUGAAGAAAAAGAAAGAAUUAAAUUAGAAAAACAAAAAGAAAGAGAUCAACAAAGAGAAUUAAUGAAACAAGCAAUGGGUAGUGGUAAUAAUACACCAAAGAAGGAAGAACCAAAACCAAUUGAAGAACAAUCAAAACCACCAACAUCCCAACCUAAAUCUCAAUCACCACCACCACAAAAAGUAGAAGAACCAAUUUCACAAGCACCACCAACAGAUGAGGAAUAUGAAAGACAAGCUCAAAUUGCAUUACAACAACAACAAGAGAAACAAAGACAGAUGGAAUUAGAGAUUCAAAGAGAAUAUGAAAGAUUAGCAGCAGAAGGUCAAGGUGUUGAACAAGAUUUCGAUUAUGAAGCUGAACAAAGAAAAAGAGAAGAAGAAUCUAGAAAGAGAUUCUUGGAAAGACAAAAUAAAUCAAAAGGUGCUGCAAAACAAAAAACACCUGAAGAUGAAGAAAAGGAGAGAAUUAAAUUAGAAAAACAAAAAGAAAGAGAUCAACAAAGAGAAUUAAUGAAACAGGCAAUGAGUGGCGGUGGUGGUAAUGGUACACCAAAGAAGGAAGAACCAGAAGAAGUAUCAAAACCAAAAGAAGUAUCAAAACCAAAAGAAGUAUCAAAACCAUCAUCAUCACCAUCACCACCACCACAAGUAGAAGAACCAAUUUCACAAGCACCACCAACAGAUGAAGAGUAUGAAAGACAAGCACAACAAGCAUUGCAACAACAACAAGAGAAACAAAGACAGAUGGAAUUAGAGAUUCAAAGAGAGUAUGAAAGAUUAGCAGCAGAAGGUCAAGGUGUUGAAGAAAAUAUCGAUUAUGAAGCUGAAGAAAGAAAGAGACAAGAAGAAUCAAGAAAGAGAUUCCUAGAGAGACAAAAUAAAUCAAAAAACCCUGCAAAACAAAGAACACCUGAAGAUGAAGAAAAAGAAAGAAUUAAAUUAGAAAAACAAAAAGAAAGAGAUCAACAAAGAGAAUUAAUGAAACAAGCAAUGAGUGGUGGCGGUGGUACUCCAAAGAAAGAGACACCAAAAUCACAAGAAGAACAAUCAAAACCAAUUGAAGAACAAUCAAAACCAAAAUCUCCACCACCACAACAACAACAACAACAAAUAGAGGAGACAACAUCACAACCAACAUCAAAUGAUGAUGAAUAUGAAAGACAGGUUCAAAUUGCAUUACAAAAACAACAAGAAAAACAAAGACAGAUGGAAUUAGAGAUUCAAAGAGAAUACGAAAGAUUAGCAGCAGAAGGUCAAGGUGUUGAAGAAAAUAUCGAUUAUGAAGCUGAAGAAAAGAAAAGCCAAGAAGAAUCUAGAAAGAGAAUGUUGGAAAGACAAAAUAAAGCAAAAGGUGCAGCAAAACAAAAAACACCUGAAGAUGAAGAAAAAGAAAGAAUUAAAUUAGAAAAACAAAAAGAAAGAGAUCAACAAAGAGAAUUAAUGAGACAAGCAAUGAGUGGUGUAAGUAAUGGUGAAUCACCUGUAAAGAAAGAUAAACAAUCAUCAUCAUCAUCAUCACAAAAACCAUCAGAAGAAGAAAGUAAAUCUGAUCAACCAACAACAAAAUCUAAAUCCCCAUCACCUCAACCAACAGAAAAUAAUAAUAAUAAUAAUAAUAAUAAUAGUAAUGAAGAUGAUGAAUAUGAAAGAAAAGCAGCAAUUGCAUUAAAACAACAACAAGAAAAACAAAGACAAAUGGAAUUAGAACUUCAAAGAGAAUAUGAAAGAUUGGCAGCAGAGGAGGGUAAAUCACCAGAACCAACACCUGAAGAAAUUGAGGCAGAACAAAAGAAAAAAGAAGAAGAAAUGAAAAGAAGAUUCCAAGAAAGACAAAAACAAUCAACACAAAAACAAAAAACACCUGAAGAUGAAGAAAAGGAAAGAAUUAAAUUAGAGAAACAAAAAGAAAGAGAUCAACAAAGAGAAUUAAUGAAACAAACAAUGAGUGGUGGUGACCCAAAUGGUAAAUCACAACAACAAAAACAAUCUCAACCAUUACCAGAAGAACCACCCAAACCAAUUUCACAACCUCAAACAACUCAACCAAAACCCCUAUCUCCAUCACAACAACAACAACAACAACAACAACAACAACCACAACCACAACAACAACCUCAAUCACAACCACAACUUCAAUCACAACCACAAUCACAACAACAUCAACCAAUUUCAUCACAAGAUGGAUUUAAUUUACAAUCUCAACAAUAUUAUCAACAAAUGCAACAACAACAACAACAAUUUUAUCAACAAUUUAAUCAAUAUAAUCAUCCAUCAAGUCCAAAUCAUCAUAACCAACAACAACAACCAAUGUAUCAUCAACAAAAUCAAUCACCAUCACAUAAUAAUAAUAAUAGUAAUAAUAGUAGUAAUAUAUCAUCACCACCACCACCAACACAUCAAAAUAUGUAUCCAUACCCACAUCAAUUUUAUUAUCCACCACCACAUCAAAACAUGUUUACUCAAGAAGAUAUUGAUCGUUUAUUAGAAAAACAAAAAAAAGAAAUUUUAAAACAAUGUUCAGAUGAAAAUGCAAUUUUAUCAUUAGAAUUAGAAGAUUUACAAUUAAAAUUAGAAAAAGAACAAAGAAAUUGUUUAUCAUUAAAAGGUAUAUUAUCACAAUAUGAAGCAACAAUGAAGAAAAUGAUUGAUCAACCAGCACCAGUACCACAAAACUCUGCAAAACUUAGUGAAGCAUUAUUAGAUAAUGAACAAUUGAGAAAACAAAUCAUUGAUUUAAAGGAAUCCAAUUUACAAGCCAACAAAGAGAAUCAAAUUCAUGUCUCUAAAUUUAAUGCACUAAAAGCACAUGCCGAAGCAAAAUUAGAUAGUGCCUCUGAACAAUUAACAAAAUUGAAAGAAGUUGCCAAAAAAGAAAUUGAAGUACUAACUAUUAAAUUAAAUCGUUCAGAGUCAAAAGUUUCAAUUAAAGAAAAAGAAAAUGAUGAAUUGGUUAAAUUAUGUGAUGAAUUAAUUUUUAAAUUACAAACUAAUCAAAAAUAA